AUGGGGCAGAGUUGUUAGAUGUAGCAUCAAACAAUUGAUUAAAAUGAAAUCUAAUACUAAUUAGUCUUAAUUAAACCUAUUUCUCAUAGAAAUUAAAUAAAAAGACCAAUCUUUGAAAUCAAUUAAAUCAAUAGUAGAGAAGAAACUAUGGAUGAAAUCAAUGAAUUAGAUGUAGACACUAGAAAAUCUUAAAGAUAAAUAAAUGGUUGUUCUUAAUAAUUCUAAUCAAAUUUCUAAUUAGGGGUAUAAUAGCAAAAAUAGAUUAUAAAAAACUAAAUAAAAUCAUUUGGUGGAGAUAUAUCAUAAAUUUUCAAUAGGAAAAAAUAAAAAUAAAAUUCAAAAACUUCAGAAGAAAACAGAAUUGAAUAGAGAAAUAGAGAAUAAAAUAGAAAUUCUACAUUCAAUUAUGCUAGAAAUUGUGAAACAAUUCAAUCUCCUCUUUAAUAAUGGAUUAAAAAUUAAAGUCCAACUUAUGAAUCUUUAAAAAAUGAAAUUAAAUCAAUUCGUUCAAUUAAUGGACUAAAUCAAGAACAACAUGUAUCAGGGAUUUUAAGAGAAAAAAAAGUAAAGGCAAAAUCUCUAUAUUAUAAAAGAACUGUGCGUUUUUAAUGUUGA